GCACCACCAAGUUCAUAUUAGUAUAUAUAUAUAUAUAUAUACUAGCCUCUAGAGGCAUCAUGUCCCACAGCACCAUGGUGAGUGGCGGCGAGGUGAAGCUCUUCGGAAUGUGGGCGAGUCCUGCAGUUCGUCGAGUCGAGUGGGCUUUGAAGAUAAAAGGGAUAGAGUACGAGUACAUCGAAGAAGAUCUCUCGAACAAGAGCACAUCUCUUCUCGAGUACAAUCCAAUCAAUAAGCAAGUCCCCGUGCUCCUCCACAAGGGCAAGCCAAUUGUGGAAUCCCUUGUUAUGAUUGAAUAUAUUGAUGAGGUUUGGAAGCAUAACCCCAUCUUACCAGAGGAUCCUUACGAACGAACCAAGGCACGCUUUUGGGCUACAUAUGGUGAGGGCGAGUGUCGAGAUGCAGUAGGGAAGGUCUACUUUACGGAAGGAGAGGAGAAAGAGAAUGCUAUCAAACAUCUGGAGGACACUGUGAGAGUACUUGACGAAGAGCUCAAGGGGAAGAAGUUCUUUGGAGGAGAAAAUAUCGGAUUCUCGGACUUGGUUUUGGGGUGGAUGGCUUUCUGGUUGCCGGUGGCGGAGGAGGUUGCCUCCUUUGAGGUGUUGAAUUCUAAGAAGUUUCCAUGGUUUGCUUCAUGGACUGAUAAUUUUCUCCAAGUUCCUGUGAUCAAAGAGAACCUUCCGCUCCGCGACAAGACGGUGGAGUUCUUUCAGAACUAUCGCCAGCAGCGCUUAGCUGCAUCGAAUUGUCAGGCUGCAACCCAUGCAUGAGAGUGUCAGGAUGUAUCUCCCCUCACCGCCGUCUAGUGCCAAACUCAUGGCCUUUGGUUGGCUGGAUAUCACUGUGGAAUGUGAUUAUUUUUAAUAAAGUUGAUGGUUAGGAGAA